UCCCCGCCGGCCGCUCUAAAAAUUUAUGUAAAAUAUAUAUAUAUAUAUAUAUAAAGAUAAUUUCAGUGUAUCUACACUUAAAAUUACUUUGUUUCUCCCCGACAGAAGCUGGUUGAAAAGUUAGUUGUUCGUUGUGUUGUUUAAAGUGCGAGAGCGUCGCCAUCAUGGAAGAAAUAGAAGUAAUUGAAUCAUCUGAAAGUAAGGAAGAAGAGCAACGAGUGUGGAGUUGGGGAGCCGGUACAGAUGGGCAGCUAGGUACGGGCUGUUUACGGGAUGAACUCUCACCUCAACUCCUUCAACUUCCUUUCUCCGUCUCCGCGCUCGCCUGCGGUGGUGCUCACGUUUUGGCCUUGACCUUUGGUGGUCAAGUGUUUUCGUGGGGAAGAGGCACUUCUGGUCAAUUAGGCCAUGGAGACAUGGCUAAUUGCUCCUCUCCAAAACCUAUUUCUUUCUUUGAGGACUAUUCAGUUACUCAGCUUUCUGCUGGAUGGAACCACUCGGGUUUUGUUUCAGAUUCAGGGUGUCUUUUUACUUGUGGUGAUGGCUCGUUUGGUCAGCUUGGGCAUGGUGAUUACAUCUCACAUUACUUUCCUCGUAAAGUCUCAUACUUUAUUAAUAACAACGUUCAACAGAUAGCAUGUGGCAUGCGCCAUUCACUUGUUUUGGUGGAAGAUUGUUUGGGAAAUCAAGUUUAUGGAUUUGGAUCUGGAAAGCGUGGUCAGCUUGGUAUCUCAUUGGAUAAGAUCAGAUCUUUUAGUCUUCCUUGUAUUAACAAUGGUUUUGAAGACGUUGAAAUCGUUAGCAUUUCUGCAAAUGGAGAUCAUAGUGCUGCAUUAUCUGCUGAUGGGCAUCUAUACACUUGGGGAAAAGGGUUCAGUAAAAUGUGUGAUUCUUACAUUCCUCAGCGUUUAUCUUCUUCUUUGUGCUUCUUAAAAGCUGCUCUUGGAUGGAAUCACGCUUUACUGUUAACUGGUGGUGGAGAGGCUUAUAUGCUUGGUGGAUCCACCCAUGGCACAUUAAGUGAUCCUGAGAAGAUGAGCCCUGUAAAACCUUUAUCUGAAAAUUCAAAGGAAGCUGCACUUGAGAAAGUAUCUGGUCUUGAUGACACAAAAGUUGUUCAAAUUGCUGCAGGAGCUGAGCACUCUGCUUUGGUAACAGAUAGUGGAAUAAUUAUGACAUGGGGUUGGGGUGAACACGGUCAACUUGGCUUGGGAAACACUUGUGAUCAAAUUAAACCCAGAGCAGUAAGUUUAGAUGAUGAAGUUCAAAGCAAUGAUGCUGCGUUCCAAGUCUACUGUGGGAGUGGAUUCACAUACACCAUAAGAACACUAUCUCUUUCUUCUUAGACUUGAUAAACAUGCUGAUACCACAGUGUUGAGUCUUUGUGCUUCUGUUCACUGUCACUUAAAACAUUUGACCUGGAUCUUAAAAGAUGCAGAGUGUCCAGCAUAUUGACAUUCCAGAAAAGAUAAAUAGGAACAAGUGACAAAAUAUAGCAGCACAAAGAUAAUUCUUACAGAGGCAAGUUUGAGUGCCAAGCUUCAUUUUUUUUUUUCUAAAGUUAUAAAAAACAUUGAUUGUAUGUUCAUUUGAACACAUUUUGUAUGCUAUACAAUAAAGAAUAAGAAGAGAAAUAACUCUAGUCUACCAUUUUAUUAUAAAUUGUAAAUUGUUCUUCUGUGGUUGUUGCAAAGAUAUAAGGUGCCAAAACCAUAGACAGAAAGAAUUUCACUGUAGUUCAUGAGCUUGUGGACCCUGUUGCCUUUCAGUCUAUGCUCUCUUGUGUUUAAUCUUCAACAAAGCUUAUAAAUCAUGUCGUGUAUUGCAUCAGGAGUUACACUAUCUAACCCCUUUCUCGUUCCUUUGUACAAACACCUUUUCUCUCUUAUUUUGUAAACAGAAAAGAUAGAAAAUGAAUGCAGCAAUUUCAAUGAGAAGUAAAAGAGGCUUGACCAGAAUGGUAGCAACGGACACUGAGGAUGUAAAGCUCUGAGCUUAUGUCAGCAUUGAGCGCGCUAUAAGUGCUUGUGACCUUUCUCUCUCUCGUCGAGAAGCCUGGCUCGUUUCUAAUCAACUUUGACAUUCCUUAGAAGGAUGUUAAGUUUCGGUUCAUGAACACAACUAGGGUACUAAAGAAGCAACUCAAUAUGACUUACACUCACUGAAGAGGUGAAAACCAGACUAUCUUGGGUGGGAUACUUGUGCUUGAUCACAACAACAAGAUAUCCGUUAAUUAUGCAAUUGAUUUGAAUAAUUUUAAAUCAAAGUAUAGCCAUGUGUAUAGAGGGGUAUAUACAUUUGAGCCCUGCUAUGAGUUUGGGAAGAAUUCAUGGUAGUUGGCUGUGUCAAAGACUGUUCUUGAUGAUGUUAUAAAGGCUUCUUAUGUGACAUCAAGCAAAGCUCUGGAGCUCCAGUGAUUGUGGAAAUCCUCUUUUAAUAAAGAUGGAAGAUGCAAGGUAGCCGAAACUAUCUUUAAUUUCCUAUUGCACUUAUGAUUAUGAAGAUAUUUUGGAUCCCCUUGAUCAGUUAUUUUGGAUCAGUUGAAUCAUACUGUCACACCAGAAGAAGUCAGAAAUUACCAAAAUCAGAUGAACAAGUCCCUCUGUAAUUGGGAUAGUAAGUCUGGAGUACCAAAACAAAGUAGAAAUUUCUCUUUAUGCUGGUACAUGUUCUGGUUUUCUGUUAUAUUUCUAGAGAUCCUAUAAGCAUCUGCCUUUAGCAUGUGGAACACAUAUCUCAAGCAUGAAAAUAUCUGUAUACAUGUUUUAUAGAAAAUAUGUUUAUUAAAAACCUAGUGAAUCAAUCAGGCAUCUACAGUUACACAGUUCAUGUGGGUAAUCUGAUGUAAAUGGCUGAUGAGAAAGGAUUUUCUUUUCCAUUUCCUUGUCUCACUGGAUUCAGAGAAAAUUUGUUGUCAAGAAUAGAGGUCAUUAUUUUUAUGUGAUAACAGGGAAGAUAUUUAGAAGAUUCUUAACUAGGCCAAGAAUUUUUUUUGUUAAAAAGAACCUCUCUCUUGUUUUUACUAGAAACAUUCUUUAUGGUUUUCUUGAAUUUUUCUUUUAAAGUUCUACAUGGUUAUUUUACUUGGUGAUUCAUGCUUUAAAUUUUGUUCUAUAAUGUCUAACAGGUUUAAGCUUCUUUUAAUUAGCAGAGGGGUUAGACACACCAACUCUAACUGCUGAGGGUUCAUGGAAUUUCAAGAUGUAGUCUUCCUUACCAAUUGGAGGUUUUGAACAUAAAAAACUAACUAGUCCCCUUGUUAUAUUUCACCUAUGUGGUUCUCUCUUACAACUGCAUGCUGUCAUAAAUAUAAAUGAGCCCAAACAAAUUAGAGAGCGCUGCAAGUUUCUUUGUUUAUAUUGUAGUUUCUUAUUGCAAUUCAUGCUUCUAUGGAUUGCAGUGUAUAAAGAUGGAGUUCUCAUGCUACUGAAUGCUUUCAUAAAUUUAUAUGAGGCCUGGCAAAUAAAGGAGCCCUUCUGGAGCUGCCCAACUGUAAACUUAUCUUGUGACACCUUAGGCGAAUCUCACAUUAGCAAAGCACGGGAGAGAUGUUGAGCUUGUCUGUGUAUCUCACGUUACCCAGGGAUAUUAAAUACACUAAUAAUGAGAUUGAUUAAUGAUGUAAAUUUUUUGAAGGUUAGAGUUUCAAAAAAAAAAAAAAUGAGAACAUGAGAUAGUCUCAUAUUACAGA